UCUUUAAAGCCCCUCCGCUGUGCCACCACAUCUCCUCACUCCCUCCACUGUGCCACUACAUCUCCUCACUCCCUCCGCUGUGGCACCACAUCUCCUCACUCCCUCCACUGUGCCACCACAUCUCCUCACUCCCUCCACUGUGCCACCACAUCUCCCCACUCCCUCCGCUGUGCCACUACAUCUCCUCACUCCCUUUGCUGUGGCACCACAUCUCCUCACUCCCUCCACUGUGCCACCACAUCUCCCCACUCCCUCCGCUGUGCCACUACAUCUCCUCACUCCCUCCGCUGUGGCACCACAUCUCCUCACUCCCUCCACUGUGCCACCACAUCUCCCCACUCCCUCCGCUGUGCCACUACAUCUCCUCACUCCCUCCGCUGUGCCACUACAUCUCCUCACUCCCUCCGCUGUGCCACUACAUCUCCCCACUCCCUCCACUGUGCCACUACAUCUCCUCACUCCCUCCGCUGUGCCACCACAUCUCCUCACUCCCUCCGCUGUGCCACCACAUCUCCUCACUCCCUCCGCUGUGCCACUACAUCUCCUCACUCCCUCCGCUGUGCCACCACAUCUCCUCACUCCCUCCGCUGUGCCACCACAUCUCCUCACUCCCUCCGCUGUGCCACUACAUCUCCUCACUCCCUCCGCUGUGGCACCACAUCUCCUCACUCCCUCCGCUGUGCCACCACAUCUCCUCACUCCCUCCACUGUGCCACUACAUCUCCCCACUCCCUCCGCUGUGCCACCACAUCUCCUCACUCCCUCUGCUGUGCCACCACAUCUCAUCACUCCCUCCACUGUGCCACUACAUCUCCCCACUCCCUCCGCUGUGCCACCACAUCUCCUCACUCCCUCCGCUGUGCCACCACAUCUCCUCACUCCCUCCACUGUGCCACCACAUCUCCUCACUCCCUCCACU